ACAGGACUUAAUGUAGGUUGCGUCACACACGAUCAACGGCGUCAAAAACUUUUCAAAUUAGGGCUUUUAAGCUCCAAAACCCCUCCAAUUUUUGUUUACUCACACUGCGUAUACUGUAAGCGUUACACUGAUAUUUUCUCUGCACUCUGUUAAUCAGAGUGCGUGUACUGCGUGUUUCUUCGUUUUUAUCGCAAUGGCGAACGAUGCGGAUAUGAGUGGUUGGACCGAUCUUCUGCAUUCCUCUUCGAAGCUUAUCGAACAAGCUGCUCCUUCAGCUCAGUUUCCGCCGCUUCAGAGGAAUUUGGAUCAGUUGGAGGCUCUGUCGAAGAAGCUCAAGGCAAAAACCCUGCGAGCCGAAGCUCCUUCCCAAUCUAUUGCGGCGACUAGGCUAUUAGCUCGAGAGGGGCUAAAUGCAGAGCAGCUUGCUCGUGAUCUCAAGUCAUUUGAGCUAAAGACAACAUUCGAAGAUGUCUUUCCAGCGGAGGCGACGACAGUCGAAGAGUAUCUUCAGCAGGUCCAUGAAAUGACAAUGCUCUCAGCUGUUCAGGAAGCUCAGAAGGAUAAUCUUAGAAGUUUCAAUGAUUAUAUGAUGUCAGUUCUGGAGGAGGACUGGCAGAAGGAAAAGAGGGACUUUCUUCAGAGCUUGAGCCGAAUUUCGACCCUACCCAGAACUGAUAUUCGUGAUUCUAAUAGUGGGGUUAGUCGGCAGGGUCAAAUAGUGCCUAUGACUUCCAGAAGUGGGGUUUCAUCUGCUCCAUCUAGUUUGGAGCCUGCACUGUUGGCUAAUAAACCUGUGAUUGAAAAAAAGGCUGCCGCAUAUGCUGAAGUUGUGAAGAGUCUUAAUGCCGCAAGAAAGAAUGGCUCACCCUUCAAACCUGCUGCAGCUUUCAGAAAUGCGUACGAAAGUCUGAAACUCGACUCAUCUGGUGCAAAAUCUGUUAGCAUGCUGAAAAUAUGGCACCUAAUUAUGACAUUAAUGGGUGAGGAUCCAACUGUAAAACGGAGUAGCUCCAGAAGAAUGUCUUUAGUAAUGGGGGCUCGGCGCCAUCUGGAAUGGGGACACGAAAAGUAUGUGAUGGAUAUGAUUCAUAGUCAUCCUGCGCAGGCUGCUCUUGGUGGCGCUGUUGGAAAUUUGCAAAAGAUUCGCGCCUUCCUUCGGAUGCGUUUAAGGGACUAUGGAGUUCUUGAUUUUGAUGUAACCGAUGUCCGGCGACAACCUCCUGUAGACACCACUUGGCAGCAGAUAUACUUCUGCCUGAGAACUGGCUAUUAUGACGAUGCUCUAGGAGUUGCCCGAACAUCUCGCCUGUCGCAGCAAUUCACUCCUCUGCUUGCCGAAUGGAUUGCUACUGGAGGUAUGGUAUCAGCAGAGACUGCAGCUGCUGCUUCAGAAGAAUGUGAGAAAAUCCUACGGAUGGUUGACCGGGUAGGCCGGCCUUCAUAUGACAAGAAAAAGUUACUCCUUCAUGCCAUCAUAUCUGGUUCCAGGAAGCUGGUAGAUCGGUUACUUCGAGAAUUACCUACCAUCUUCAAUACAAUUGAGGAUUUCUUAUGGUUCAUGUUGUCUGCUGUACGAGACAGCUCUGGUGGCUCCUCUCCUUCAGUUGUCCUGAAUGGUGGAACAUCACCAGUGUAUAGUUUGGAAGAUUUGCAGGCAUAUCUAAAUAAGUUCGAACCAUCAUAUUAUACAAAGAACGGAAAGGACCCUUUGGUGUAUCCGUAUGUUUUACUUUUGAGCAUCCAGUUGCUUCCGGCUGUUGUCCAUUUGUCCAAAGAUAUGGGAGAUGAUGGAUAUAGUAUUGAUUCCGUGCAUAUAUCAAUCGUACUAGCCGACUAUGGUGUCCUUUCAGAAGGUUCUGUGUCUGGACAAAAACUGGGAGUGAUGGAUGUUUUUGCUGAGACAUCUAGCAUUAUAAGGCAGUAUGGAGCAGCCUAUUUGCGCCACGGUGACUUGUUAAUGGCACUAGAGUAUUAUGCUCAAGCAGCUGCCGCUUUGGGCGGUGGUCAAUUAUCAUGGAUUGGAACAGGUAACACAGAUCAGCAAAGACAGAGGACCUUGAUGCUAAAGCAACUUCUCACAGAGAUUCUAUUAUGUGACGGUGGUAUAUAUCUUUUGCUUGGCUCAAGAGGUAUUGGAGAAGAGGGUCAGUUGGGAAGAUUUUUAACUGAUGGCAAGACAAGACAGCAAUUUCUGAUUGAAGCUGCUCGACAGUGUCAGGAUGCUGGUUUAUAUGAUAAAUCUAUAGAAAUUGAGAAAAGAAUUGGGGCAUUUUCGGCUGCAUUGGAUACGAUAAACAAGUGUCUAUCCGAAGCAAUAUGUGCCCUAUCACGUGGUAGACUGGAUGGCGAAAGCACGAUUACUGGGCAUAUACACUCUGGGAAUGAGAUCUUAGAGACAUUCAAAUACUACCCAGAUAUCAGUCCUCAAGAGAGAGCAAAUGUAAUGGAGCAACAAACUGUGCUAAGACAGCUCGAGGCUAUCUUAGCUAUCCAUAGACUUGCAAAAUCCGGAGCCCAUUUAGACGCAUUGAGGGAAAUUGCAAAAGUUCCGUUUCUUCCUCUCGAUCCAAGGGCAGCUGAUUUUAUUACAGACGUUUUCAAGAAUCUAUCUCCACAUGUUGAAGCUUGUGUCCCAUGCCUUCUCAAAGAUGCUUUUAAUUGUCUGGAUAAUGUCACAGACACCGAUGGAUCAAUUCGUGCUUUGAGAACAAAGAUUACCAACUUUCUUGCGAACAAUUUGAAUAGGAACUGGCCACGUGAAUUGUACGAAAAGGCUAGUCGAAGCAGCUUCUGAGUGAUGUACUUGGAGCUUGUUGUGUUGUACCUAAUCAAUCGACGAGGAUUGCUUUAUAUUGAUGAUUACCUUUUGGUACUUAUUGUUGCUCGGAUUAAUGAGAAGUGAAAAUUCAUUACCUGCCUAUAUUUGCUAGAGUGAAGAUCAUCUUAUAUGUUUUAUUAAUUUUGGGUGCUAUUAAAAUGAAUUGUAUUUAUUAAAAUUCUUAA